CGUACGGUGCAUCGCGCGGCGCUCAGUCAGAACAGAGCCGGCGGAAGGGGAGCGCGCAACUCGUCCCUGCACCGAGCUGUUACAUGUGCGACUCACACAUUUACAUAACCGAUUCAUAGUGCCGAUUUUGCAGGACGCGAGCCGCCCGUGCACGUGAAUUACGCAAGUGCCGGUUAUGUCACGCGGUCCGGGGUGCGUUAUGUAACAGUUCCCGACGCAUCGAUGCACAAUCAAGGUUGGAUUAGUGUGUGAAUAUUAAUUGCAGUCGUGUUGGAGGUUAGGCGGUGUGUUGCGCAAGUGGUGGCCGAAAAUCGAUAGGGGUGUUACGUUUUCGCACGUGUGCGAACAAUGCGGUACGAACGGUAUACGUACAAGUUGACGGAGGAGAGCGACGCCGUCUUUCGCCGGUACCUCGGCGCCCUGACCAGGAUACACACGUUCGACGUCGCCAACAGGACGAUCGGGAGGCGGCCGGAGCGCAAGCGGCGUCCGGGGCGGUCGUGCCGUUCGAAGAAGACCGCCAAGUCCGCGGACGACUUCGACGGACGGUUCUUCGUCGCCACCCAGGUGCCUCCUUAUUUGUUCGGUUGUCCGAUCUGCAGGGAGCUGGUGCGGAGCCCCGUGACCGUCGAAUGCGGCCACACGUUCUGCAGUAAGUGUUUGGAGUGCGCGGACGGGGCCUUGUGUGUCGUUUGUGGGGCCGAUAUCGGCGACAAGCGGUGCGUCAACGUUUUGAUCCAGGGACUGAUCGACAAGUGGCGGGAUGCGAACAAGGACACACCGAAUUUAGACACGUUUGAAGUUAUGGGCAUAGAACCCCGCUACCGUUUACGGUCAGGAUUUGCCGGAAUGCAACUGAGUAGCGAAACCAGAGACACGAUGUCCAAGUUCCUAAAAGCUGUGGGUUCGCCGUACACGAGACGAGAGAACUGGAAACGAACCAAAAUCAAGAAACGUCACGACGAAGUCAGCCAGGAGAAUCUGUUAAUGUUUUUCGACACGAUCUUGGACACCGUCAGGAAAGCAAAAGAGAAAGCAGUGAGAGCCAGUUGGAAGUGCAUCACGGGCUCGGAUCUCGAGUGCAUCCUGUGCAGCAGAUGUCUGAUGGAGCCGGUGACCACGGGCUGCGGCCACACGUUCUGUCGCGACUGUCUCACCCGCGUGCUCGACUACGGCCUCUCCUGUCCACUGUGCAAGUCGCAACUGACCGUUUCGGAUUACGCGAGAGGAUACACCAUGGCCCUAGGUCGCGCUAUCACUUUCCUGGCGCGGAAGGAAUUUGAUGAGAGGAUAAGCGUCACCUUGGAGGAGGGGAUUGUGUUCGGCAAAAAUUCUGAUAUUCCCGUUUUCGUGUGCACUACAGCGUUUCCUAACGUCGCCUGUCCAUUGUACGUUUACGAGCCUCGCUACAGACUGAUGGUGAGAAGGUGCCUCCAUUCGCCGACGAAGCUGUUCGCCAUGGCGGCCAAAGACAGCAACGGGUUUUCCUCUUACGGCACCGUGCUGAAAAUCAAAGAUGCGGUCACUUUAAAUGACGGCCGGUUCAUCCUUACAACAGUCGGUUUACGUCGGUUCAAAGUCCUCAGCAGGAGCGAACAAGAUGGCUAUGACACCGCGAAAGUGCAGUACAUACAAGACAGUGCCGUGUCGGCGGACAAGCUGCAGGAGUUGAUUGGGUUGCACUGUAAGGUCUACGGCAAGGCAACCAAAUGGAUAAGUUCGUUGAAGCCGAAGGUGAUGUCGGAGGUGGAGAGACUGAUAGGACAAAUGCCGCCGAUCGAGGCGAAUUGGACGAGUCUGCCGGACGGGCCAUCGUGGACGUGGUGGCUAAUGCCGCUUUUGCCUUUAAGCUCGAAAUUACAAAUUGGUUUUUUGAGUACAACAAGUCUCGACAAGCGACUCCGUGCGAUCGACAAGAUGUUAGAACAUAUGAAGGGUCGUAUGAAUGGAUACGAGCGAAACCCAAAUUGUUACGAAGCGUCGGACGUAGCGCCCUCCGAGUCCUGUCAAUACGUAUUGCCAUUUCACGUUCAAUAGACUACUAGUAACUAA